AGGCCAGACCGGGAUCCUUAGCGCCGGCUAGAGGACCAAGCACCCCCAGGCAGCGAGGAUGAGGACCUUGGCGGCGCUGAGUCUGCUGGCGCUGGCAGUGACCGCGGCCGGGGACAACCAGACGGAGCCGGUGGCGGCGGAGAGCCAGGACAAGGUCCAGGGAAAGCGAGGGCUGACGGAGUUCGGGUUCGGCCACGGCUCGGAGCUGUCGGGCGGGUUCUUCGGCGGUGGCCUGAGGUUCGACGACCACCACCCCCACAAGAUCCUCACCGUCCACAAGCAGGUCGCGGUCCCCAUAGCGGUGCCGAAGCCCUACCCGGUGCACGUCACCGUCGAGAAGAAGGUGCCCUACCCGGUGGACAGGCCCUACCCGGUGCACGUCAAGGUGCCCGUCGACAGACCGUACCCGGUGCCCGUGGAGAAGCCCGUGCCCUACCCUGUAGAGAAGCCGGUGCCCUACCCGGUCAAGGUGCCCGUCGACCGCCCCUACCCCGUGCACGUGCCGGUCGAGAAGAAGAUACCCUACCCCGUGGAGGUCAAGGUGCCAGUGCCCCACCCCUACCCGGUGCACGUGGCCAAGCCGUACCCGGUGAUCAUCGAGAAGAAGGUCGCCGUGCCCCAGCCGUACCCCGUGGAAGUCAAGGUUCACGUCCCCCAACCUUACCCGGUGCACGUCAAAGUUCCCUACGCUGUUCCAGUGGACAAGCCGUAUCCCGUGCACGUCAAGGUGCCCGUCGACCGUCCCUACACCGUGCACGUGCCCAAGCCCUACCCGGUCACCGUGGAGAAGCACGUGCCCUACCCCGUGGAGAAGCACGUGCCGUACCCCGUCAAGGUCCCCGUCGAUCGUCCCUACCCCGUGGAGGUGCCCAAGCCCUACCCCGUCACCGUGGAGAAGCACGUUCCCUACCCGGUGGAGAAGCCUGUGCCGUACCCCGUGGAGAAGCACGUGCCCUACCCGGUGAAGGUGCCCGUCGACAGGCCCUACCCCGUCCACGUGCCCAAACCCGUGCCGGUGCACGUGGAGAAGCACGUGCCCUACCCGGUGGAGAAGCCGGUACCUUACCCCGUAAAGGUGCCAGUGGAGAAGCUGGUACCUUACCCGGUGGAGAAACCCGUGCCUUACCCUGUCAAAGUUCCUGUCCCUGUCCCUGUGAAGCAUGAGAGCUACGGCCACCACGGCUAUUGAGUCUCGCGUCUUGAGUCUUCAGUACAAAUCGUCUUCCUUUGGCAAUGUAUAUCGGGUAGCGUAAAACUGAACUCACAAUGACCCGUCUCAUCCCUUCAUCACUCGUUCAUCCGUCAGUCGCGAAACGUACAGCCAAUCAUAAUCAGAUAUCCCGAAAAAUGCCAUCCUUACAAGCUUUAAAUUUCAACGGAAAGAUGAAAUUAUAACCUUUAAAAUGUCAGAAAGGCAUUGUCUUUAUUUGAAAAGUUUUUUUAGUUUGUUUAUUUGUUAAGCUGCCUACGUAUUAUGUUUUAACUUGUUUAUAAACACCUUUUAUAUUUUGAUAUUUGUAACAAAAAAGGUCUGAGACACAAAAGUCAUUAACAAUGCACGAUACUCAGAAAUAUAUUUAAAAAAAUUUUUAGAGAUUGUUUUGACAUUUAUAAGUGCUUUGGCGUACAUGAUCGUCAAACUACCUUUAUAUUUCCUCAAAAAUAUAAGCUUUAAUAGUUGUUGGCAGAAUCCUGGUAGAAAAAUAUUAUAAUGGAAUAGCGGAUCAUUGUGAGUCCUGCUUAACAUGUAGAGAUGUAGAUAAUGUGAUAUAUCGUGGGAACAUUUGACUGCCUGUCACGCUUCGACAUGCUUUGUUCACGUGUUUGGCCGUCUUUUGUUACUGACUGCGGUGUUUGAGGGAUAAUUUACUACUUGAACGCCGUGUUAAUAAUAAUAAAAAAUCUUAAAAAACAUAAACGCCAGAAUAACUUACAGAACUAUGCGAAAUAACCUGGCAGAGAUUUCCGCGAUAAAUCACAAUUCCUAGAAAUGUGAGAUUGUUGUAAGAUUUUCUUCGCAAAAUGAGAAGUCAAGAUGUGUACGGACCUGAAUUGUAUAGUUAACGAUUGAACUUAUAAGUCUGACUCUAUGUAUAUUUUCGGAGAUGUUUUCUUCUGUUUCUUGUUGAUACACUGUGUACUUUUAUUUAUGUUGUCUAGCUUGGCAAUAAAAUAUUUCAUGGUAUCUU